AUGUCGCGCAACCGCCCAGCCCCCUUGUUCUCGUUGCCGAACGAGCCCUACCUGCGUCGACCCUUUCAUCGCCGCUCGCCCUCCACGUCCGACGAUGAGCUAUACGUAGAUCGAUCCCUUCCAGCCUCUCCUACCUUCGAAGCGGAGGCUGCUCCUGGGCCUUCUCGGGCAUAUCGCUUUGCGGUGGAGGAAGAAGAGGUCCUGCGGCAUGCCAGUCAGGCAUUCCAGCAGCCUCUUGAGCGGCAAGACACGCCAGAAUGGGCGGAGGUGAAGGCGGACCCGGAGGAAGAAGAAGACCUAAGAGAGAUACAGGCAGAGGAUGGGGACUAUGCUGGGGUCGAUGCGCAGCCACAGCUAGAGGAGGAGGAUGACGAGGAGCCGCCGGACGAGAGACAGUGUCGGAUCUGCUUCUCUGGCCAAGAGGAGGAGGAUACCAUGGGCAGGCUCAUCUCGCCCUGCCUGUGCUCGGGAAGCAUGCGGUAUGUCCACGUCCAGUGUAUCAACGCCUGGCGAGGUACAGGGACCAACGCCAAAGCUUUCAUGGAAUGUCCGCAGUGCAAGCACCGCUACACGCUCCGCCGCACGCUUAUAUCCGGUCUCGCAUCAUCGCGCCCGAUCCUCCUCCUCAUCUCGACCCUCCUUUUCAUCGGUCUCUCCCUCCUCGCCGGGCAUAUCCUUCACUCCUUCCUCCUCCGCUCUUCGCCCUCAACCAUAUCCCGCGGCAAGGCCGUCCUCCGUACUCCCAAACGCUCCUACACAUCCAGCAUCUUUGACAUCUUCCAGGAAGACUGGGAUACCUUUGACAACGGCGUCAUCAUCGUUGGCGGGGGAGGCGGCGCCCUAGUGUGGGACGUGGUCCUGGGCUCUAUUCAGACUUUUACGGACGUAGCCAACCGGCUGCUCCUGCGACGCGACGGAUUCUUCUCGGAGCUUGGGGCGCCGGAAUGGGUUGGUAUGAUCGCCUUCGCCUUAGGAAUCCGAUUCCUCCUCGGUCUCGCCGUUCUGGGCAGUCUUAGCUUCCUCUCCCUCCUCCUCUCCCUGUCACUCUUUGCGCCACUCCAACUCGCCAACGGUCUGCGCGGGACCGGCAUCUUCACUCGCCGCCGAGGGAACGGGAACGGGAAUGGCGGCACUCCAGCCGGGCAAAUUAUGAUCGUCCUCUUCGUCCUCAUCGGAGCCGCCAAUACCCUUGUCAAAGUGUACAGGCUGAACGAGCGCAUCACGCAGCGCUUGCUGAUGUACGUCGAGACGCAGAUCCUCGAGGUCAACCCAGCGGAAAGGAGAGGGAGAGCGAGGGAGAGGAGGAGAAAGUGGUAUGUCAUCUGGUGGAAAGAGGGGCGAUGGGCGAGGAGGGAAGGGUGGGAAGAGGUGCGGGUGCGGCUCUGGAUGGGCGCUAGAGAGGGACUUGGACCAGUGUGGGAGCGCAUGUGGACUGGAAGGGGAGGUGCACCGAACGCGAUCGGGGUUGAGGGGUAG